AUGAUGAAAUUCUCUCUCUUGAUAUUUUUGCUGGCCGCUGCCACUCUGGCUCUCGCUGGUGUGGCAACCGUCUCGGAGCCUGACAAGUCUGAUAUCUUGAAGGCUCAGGCGACCACCCUGCCCGAGGUCUCCACUUCUAAUGUCAAGGGUCUUGUUUUUGAUCGCUUCUACCAGGUGUGGUUGGAGAAUAUCGAUUGGGAGGACUCCUUAGUAGAUGAGAACCAAGAGUUCUUCGCCAAACAGGGUAUUCUGCUUACCAACUUCUAUGCUGUUGCUCACCCCUCGGAGCCCAACUACUGUGCUUCAGCUGGUGGUGACACCUUUGGCAUGGACAAUGACGAUUUCCACCAAGUUCCGGCCAAUGUCUCCACCGUUGCUGAUCUGCUUGACACCAAGUCUAUCUCUUGGGCUGAGUACCAGGCAAGCAAAAAUAAACCGCUCUCCUACCCUGCUUCACUACUAACAAGAGUUUUUCAGGAGCACCUGCCCUACCCUGGAUACCAGGGAUACAACUACUCAAACCAGCAGACCUACAACCCGGACUAUGUUCGCAAGCACAACCCCCUGGUUCUCUACAACUCUAUCACUUCGAACGAUACCCGUACCCGCCAAAUCAAGAACUUCACCAACUUUGAAGAUGAUUUGAAGAACAAGAAGCUUCCCCAGUGGGCCUUCAUCACACCCAACAUGACAAAUGAUGCGCACGAUACCAAUGUUACUUUUGGUGCAACUUGGGAGCGAAUGUGGAUGGAGCGCCUGCUGUUGGACAAGUACUUCAGCGAUAACACUGUCGUCCUCUUGACCUACGACGAGGACCACACUUACACCAAGCGCAACCGCAUCUUCAGUGUUCUGGUUGGUGGUGGUAUUCCCGACGAACUCAGGGGCACCAAGGAUGACACCUUCUACACCCACUACUCCACCAUUGCUACAGUUUCUGCCAACUGGGGUCUUCCAUCUCUGGGUCGCUGGGACUGUGGAGCCAAUAUCUUCAAGCUGGUGGCCGACAAGACUGGUUAUGUGAACUACGAUGUGGAGAUUGAACGCCUGCGUCUCAACAACACAAACCCUGGCCCUUUCUCGGACAACACAUACUCCAAGUUCUCAGCUGAUUGGCCUAACCCUGCGACUGAGGGUGAUUGCUCUGCUGGUCAUGGUAUCUUGGACAUUGUCAAGAAGAACUUCAAUGGUACCAAGCCUAGCCACAACUACACCUUCCCUUUCCCAUGGGAUGAGAAGGCCGAAUACAACGUCAAUGUCACUGCCACUCGCAAGGUGGAUGGUAAGAAGGUAGAUAUCACCUCCUCGAGCACCAGCACUGCGGCCAAGGCCAGUGGCUCCAAGGGUGCUGCCACUGUCGUUCUACCCGGCUCGGCUUCUCUGACUGGGGCCUUCGUGGCCGCCCUUGCCUACUUCCUGUAG